AUGGCAAAAGGAAGCUGCAUGUGCGGCCAAAUCGGCUACGAAUACACCGGCGAACCCGCCACAACAGCGCUGUGCCAUUGCACCGACUGUCAAAAGUGGACCGGCGCAGCCUACACUUCCAACGUCGUCGUCCCACGCACUUCCUUCAAAGUCACCAAGGGCAGCCCCAAGGACUAUGAUGCUGUGGGCGCAUCCGGCAAGAUCAACAAGCACUGGUUCUGCGGAACUUGUGGCAGUAGCUUGUAUACCGAGCUGGAGAUCAUGCCGGAUGUGACGUGCGUCAAGUCGGGUGGUUUGGACGGCGGUGCUGCGAACCAUGAUAUCAAGGUUGAGGUAGGUUGA